UGAAAUUCACGAAGCAUCCAAAGCAUGAGCUGCAGCAGUGAUCAGGAGGAUGAGCGAGAAGUUCUUCGUUCUAUCUUUGAUGCAGAUGAAAAUUUUAUAGAGGUUAACAGCGCAACCUUCCAAUACAAGUUUGGGGAAGAUGGGCACACUCAAUCGUUCCUGUUGGAAAUCUCGUGGCCCUUGGAUUAUCCGACAUGUCUACCAAAUAUUAACUUAGAUGCAUUUUAUAACAAACAUAUCACCUCUAAGGUGAAAGAAACUAUAACCUACCGAAUCAAAGAACAGUGUGAAAUGUGCCUCGGAACUGCUAUGACAUACUCGAUAUUUGAUUGGGCUAAGGAACACUUGCAUGAGCUUUUGGAAGAUAAUCAAGAACAGGAAGAGGAAAGGAGAGGAAAACAAAUACCAAAAGAAGAUUCAAACACCCAAUCAAAGAAAAAAGACAAGAGAGAAAUAUUAACAAAAGCACAGAAACGCCGCCAUGCUGACAGGACUAAUUUUAAAGGAGAAAGAGAGAGAGGAUGGAACUGGGUAGAUGUAGUGAAACAUUUAAGUAAAACAGGAAGUAAAGAUCAAUGAUAACCACUUUGUUGUGGCAUAAUAAACUUAGAUGGUCAACCUUG